AUGGCGGCCUUUGAAUUCCCUGAAGCUCUCGUGAAGAGAGAAUAUCCUUGCCGUUCCGGUCAAGUCUACAGGAAUGGACUCUGCUAUGAACGCGGCGCGUGGUACUGGUGGGGACGCUGGGUUCUCGCCGCCGUCGUCGCCGGCCUUGCACUUCUCAUGGUGAUCUUGUGCAUGAACGCUCGUCGUCGCAGGAGACGCGGCGUCCAGCCCAUGUACGGCUUCGGCUGGAUGGGUGGCAACAACAAACAGAACCAGCACACCUACGCCUACAACCAGCAGUACAACGGCCAGCACCAGGGUUACGCAGGCUACCCUCAACCGGGCGCGGACGGAUCCUACCCCGCCCCGCCACCGGCCUACGGACAAUCUCAACAGAACCCCCAGUACACCGGCACGACCUUCAACCCCAACGACGGCUACUAUGGCGCCCAAAACGAGGGCAUUCAACUGCAGCAGCCGCAAAACUCAUACCAGCGCGACGUCUACUCGCCUCCCGCUGGGCCGCCACCUGGAAAGUAG